AUGCCUCGUGUAAAAGCAGCUCAGGCUGGAAGACAGGGCCCUGCAAAGAGACGUCUUGCAGAACAUUUUGCAGCUGGGGAGAUAAUCACUGAUAUGACCAAAAAGGAAUGGAAACUGGGGUCUCCCGUUGGCCAAGGUGGCUUUGGUUGUAUAUAUCUUGCUGAUAUGAAUUCUUCAAAAUCCGUGGGCAGCGAUGCACCCUGUGUUGUAAAAGUGGAACCCAGUGAUAAUGGACCUCUUUUUACUGAAUUAAAGUUCUACCAGCGAGCCGCCAAACCAGAACAAAUUCAGAAAUGGAUUCGUACCCAUAAACUGAAGUACCUGGGUGUCCCUAAGUACUGGGGGUCUGGUCUACAUGACAAAAAUGGAAAAAGUUACAGGUUUAUGAUAAUAGAUCGCUUUGGGAGUGACCUUCAGAAAAUAUAUGAAGCAAAUGCCAAAAGAUUUUCUCGGAAAACUGUCUUGCAGCUAAGCUUAAGAAUUCUGGAUAUUCUGGAAUAUAUUCAUGAGCAUGAGUAUGUACAUGGAGAUAUCAAGGCCUCAAAUCUUCUUCUCAGCUACAAGAAUCCUGACCAGGUGUACUUGAUAGACUAUGGCCUUGCUUAUCGAUACUGCCCAGAAGGCGCUCAUAAAGAAUACAAAGAAGACCCCAAACGAUGUCACAACGGCACGAUUGAAUUCACCAGCAUCGAUGCGCACAACGGUGUGGCCCCAUCAAGACGUGGUGACUUGGAAAUCCUUGGUUAUUGCAUGAUCCAGUGGCUUAGUGGCCAUCUGCGGUGGGAGGAUAAUUUGAGAGAUCCUAAUUACGUUAGAGAUUCCAAAAUUAGAUACAGAGAAAAUAUUGCAAGUUUGAUGGACAAAUGUUUUCCUGAGAAAAACAAGCCAGAUGAAAUUGCUAAAUACAUGGAAACAGUGAAGUUACUGGAUUAUGUUGAAAAACCUCUUUAUCAAAAGCUACGAGAUAUUCUUCUGCAAGGACUGAAAGCUAUAGGAAGCAAGGAUGAUGGCAAGCUGGACCUCACUGUUGUGGAGAAUGGAAGUUUGAAAGCAAAACCAGUGGCAAAGAAGAGAAAGAAAGAAGCUGAGCAAAGUGUAGAAUGUAGUGUUGAAGAUAUGGAAUGCUCGGAUAAACAGACUGAAGAGGCUACACAAACCUGUUCAAAAACCAGAAAGAGAGUCCAGAAGUAA